UUCAACCCUCCCCCCGUAUCAGAGGAGUAGAAACAACAAGCCGCCAUUUUGUUUGUGCGGACAGACCGUCAGAAACCGGAGGAGAUAACCGAGAGAAGGAGCGACUCCGGCAGCCGAAGUCAGCCGCUCCGGGAACCGCCGGUGGAAGAAACGAGCGGCGAAAAGCCCGUCCGUGUUAUCAGGAGGGCGAGACGCGUCGCCGACAGACAGAUACGACGGAAGUGGAGGGGAGAACCCGAGCGGUGAUAUAUAUGUAUAUACAUGUAUGUAUGUAUGCAUGAGAAGGAAAUACUCCGACAAAUCCAAGGAAGGGGGUGUUUUGCGGAGCGGAGACGGAGAGGGGAGGCGGAAGAGAGCAGCGACAUAUUAUAACGAGGAGAGAGAAAGAAAAAAAAACCUGCGAAAAAAAAGGGGAAACAUCAACAUGAAAAAUCAGUAUGUGUCCGUCGCGGAGGAAGGAAAGAGUCCGCAUAGACUAUUAUAUAAAUAAAUUGCUGCCGGGCAGAAGGGAGAGGUGGAAAGGAAGACGGGUUUAAAGAGAAGGGGGGAAAUUUGCCAGGAUCAACGCGAAGGGGGGGCAAUCUCCAUCACAAAGAGUCAACGAGAGGAUUUUGUCAGCCCGAAAUAUUUGACGGGGGUGUCAACAUCAGUGCGCCGAUCUGGAGCUCUCCGAUUCCGACGUAGCCAUCGCUCCUCCGUGACCCGCCGUCACGUUCGAUCACAUUCUCGCCUGUCGCCGUAUUCGGUCUAAAAGCUUUCCGUUUCCCUUCGCGACACGAUCCCACGGCAGUGACUGACGAGUAUAUAUAUAUACACACACACAUUUUUGGAAUAUAUCUCAGUUUUCAUCAACAGAGAUUUGAAGAGUUUUGAAAAAAACGAGCGACACCCCGGAGGAGGAACCUCUGCCGGAGCACAAGACAUGCUGCCCCGCCGAUCGUCCUCCGCCAAAUAAAACUAAUUGGAUCAAGCCGACUGGACCGCCGAUUGGCAAUCGGCGCAGAGAUUUUCCUCCAGAACUAGAGAAAUAAAGUGUGCACCAGAAUCGACUGCACAAGAGCCGUGGUUUUUCUCCUUUUUUUUCUCUCUAUCUCCAACCUUUGCAACCCCGCUCGACUGCAAGAGGCGUGAUCGCGCAAACGGGUUGCAACAACCAAAUGUGCAAUACUAGUCUCGUUGUUUUUUUCUUCUUCUCCUGACCCAGUGCCUUGCAUGGUCAAACACUAAGUGCACAAUUUAGUCUGCAUGCACAUGCAAAAAGAAAACCACUCGCGAGUGAAAAUAGACAUCUGCGAUAGAUGAUCUUUUUACCCGGGUAACUGCAAGUGUGUGUGGGUUUUUUUCUUCUUCUUCUUCUCCCCGCAGAACUGUUAUUCUAUUUAUUCAGCUACUGCUCAAAACCAAUGCAAAUUUGUUGCUCUUUCUCGGCGCUGCACUUGAGAGUACCACUCACACUUGAACUGUAUUUGUUUCCUUCGAACUACUGCGGGUGGUCUCCACGCCGACCGACGGCCCUUUUUGGUAAACGUAAAGGACCGCGGUGCCGCGAGCGGCGAGAUGUCUGCUCAGGUGAGGGCAACGGCACACGCCACCGACGAUCUCAGAACUGUUGCAUGAGACAUCGGCCCCUCCACAAGUUAACGCAGGUCCGCUCCCGGCUCGUGUUUUGUUCUUUUUCUUUUUUUCUCUAAACCACAAUUACCAUAUUCGUGCCCACGCCGAGGCGCCACACUGGAGCGCUUCAGACGCGAAGUACAGGUUGGAUCCGCCGACGAUGGCGGGCGGGACUGAGUGCAUCGCACGGGACGGAUCUUGGGACAGUUUUGCGUCGUAGGAGAGGCUACAUGAGGUUGUCAGAGGGCCGCACGCUUGCCUUUUUAGCCGACUCCACCUUCCCACCACCUCCUCCUCCUCCUCCUCUUCAAAUCGGCGAAGAAACGAAAUCCCCGACAGGGGAGGGGGACUGAUCUCUGCAGAGAGGAACAAACCGAGGGAAGGAGUCCAGCGUCGCUGCCUUCUCCCCGACCGUCCCCCCGAGCGGCGGGGGAACGAUCACAAGAGGUUGCUCGAAGGCAGUCGGAGGCGCAAAUAAAGGGAAAUACGUUUGCUCUCCGCGGAUCUACUGCAUUUUUAAUUCGACAGAAAUAUGGCCGAUAAUGUCCUGGAGUCCGGCCCGCCUUCAGCCAAGAGGCCCAAGCUGUCCUCCCCAGCUCUGUCGGUGUCCGCCAGCGACGGGAACGAUUUUGGUUCAUUCUUUGACCUGGAACACGACCUCCCAGAUGAGCUCAUCAAUUCCUCGGACCUGGGCCUGACUAACGGAGGGGAUGUCAGCCAACUCCAUACCAGUCUCGGAGGAGGGAUUGGUGUGGGAGGAGGCCAUGAUGCGGCUGCGAAACACAAACAGCUGUCGGAACUCUUGCGCGCGGGUGCACCAGCACAGCAGGGUGGCCCUACUUCCAACAACACAGCACCUGGGGCUUCCAUGGGGAUGAUGGGUGGUGUUAACGUUUCCCCUGGUGGACCUCAAGGCAUGCCCCCCCAGGGCCAGCAACAGCAACCUGGAUUAAUGCAGCAGGUUGGGAUGGUUGGAGGGGUGGCCGCUCUCAAUCGGGCAGCUGCCAUGAUGGGUAAUCAGAAGGGCAACACUGGACAGCAAGGGCUGAUGGGGGGGCAGGUGAUGAAUGGCUCACCAAGAAUGGGUUACCCUGGCAGUGCAGGCAUGGGUAACAGUAGUAACCUGUUGGCGGAAACGCUACAGCAGCAGCAGGUUGGUCAGCCAAUGGGACCAGGGGGUCAAGCAGGGAUGAGACCACAGCAACCUGGAGCACUGAACAAGAUGAAUAUGAUGGCCAAUGCGGGCCCCUAUGGUGGUCCGUACGGCCAGUCUGCUGGCCAGGGGAUGCCUGGAGCAGGGCUGGGCCCACAGCUCCAGAAUAAGGCAGGCAUGCCCAACAAUAUGGCCAAUCAGUUCAACAUGGACAAGAAGUUGCCACCGGGCCAAGGCAUGCCUGGGAUGCAGCAGCAGCAGCAUCAGCCUGGAGCGGUUGGCGGUGUUUCUGUCGGUGGAGCAGCAGCAGUGGGAGGUGCGCAGGUAGGGAUCAAUGCUGUGGGGGCAGGUCCCGGCACAGCGCCCCCUACUGCAGACCCUGAGAAGCGGAAGCUGAUUCAACAGCAGCUGGUCCUCUUGCUCCACGCGCACAAGUGCCAGCGGAGGGAGCAAGCCAACGGCGAAGUGCGGCAGUGCAACCUGCCGCACUGCCGCACCAUGAAGAAUGUGCUCAACCACAUGACUCAUUGCCAGGCUGGCAAGUCCUGCCAGGUGGCACACUGUGCCUCAUCCAGACAGAUCAUCUCUCAUUGGAAGAAUUGCACACGACAUGACUGUCCUGUAUGCCUGCCACUGAAAAAUGCUGGAGACAAGAGGAACCAACAGUCUCUCAUCAACAGUGCAGGGGUGGGUUUGGGGAACUCUUUAGGAUCAGGGGUGCCGGGUGGACAGUCCAACACUCCCAAUCUGAACCCUCCCAACCAGAUUGACCCUAGCUCCAUAGAGAGGGCCUAUGCUGCACUGGGUCUCACUUACCAGGGAAACCAGAUGCCACAGCAGCAACAACAGGCCAACAUGCCAAACCAGGGGCUGCAGGGGCAGCCUGGGAUGAGGACUCUCAAUACUAUGGGAGGAAACUCUAUGGGAGUGAAUGGUGGAGUGGGAGGGCAGCCCCCCAACCAGCAGUCUAACCUACUGCCAGACGCCUUGUUGCACAGCAUGAAUGCACAGAGUUUGAUGAAUGAUGUGGCGAACUUGGGAUCCAUGCCCACAGCAACUCCUCCUUCUGCUCCCGGCAUGAGGAAGUCGUGGCAUGAGGACAUCACACAGGACCUCCGCAACCACCUUGUCCACAAGCUUGUGCAGGCCAUCUUCCCCACUCCUGACCCGGCGGCACUAAAGGAUCGGCGGAUGGAGAAUCUCGUGGCUUAUGCUCGAAAAGUAGAGGGGGACAUGUACGAGUCAGCCAACAGUAGGGCGGAGUACUACCACCUGCUGGCAGAGAAGAUCUAUAAGAUCCAAAAGGAGCUGGAGGAAAAGAGGAGGACACGGCUGCAGAAGCAGGGCAUGAUGCCCGGCCAACCUGGGAUACCCUCCUCGGGCCUCCCACAGGGGCCUCCCAGUAUGGCACAUUCGCCCAUGGCCCCGGGGCAAUCCCCAAAUGGUCCUCACGCUGAUCCGUCCAUGGCCCGACAAGCUGGACCCAAUCAGAUGGUCAACAGGAUGCAGAACCCAGCCGGAAUGAGCCAGUUUGGUCAGAUGGGGAUGCAGUCGAUGGGUCAGAGGUCAACUCCUCCUCUUCCUCUUAAUUCUCCAAUGAACCAGAUGGGUAUGGGUGCACCAAGAAUGGGCCAGCCCAAUGCCACACAGUUACAGAACCAGUACCUUCCCCAGGGCCAGUUUCCCGGGUCCAGUCCUGGACUUGGUUCUGGUCCUGCUGGCAUGAACCAGCCAGGGCCACAGAAUGCAGUGCCACAGCAUAACCAGAUGCCAACGCCGCCUUCCCUCCAAGCCAGCAGCCCUGCAGCACAGUCUGCCUCUUCUGCUCCAGGCUCAAUGGGGUCUGGUAGUGCCACUGGUGCUGGGCCUCUGCCCAGCCUGCCUCCAUCAUCAACCGGCACCCCACCCAACUCCUAUCCUCACUGCCCAUCCAUCCGAACAAACUCCCCGUCACCAGCACGCAGCCUAACGCCUCAACCCUAUCAAACGCCCCCCACGUUACCUCGUUCUCAAACCCCACAACCACAGACCCCGAACACGCCCCAGCUACCGCCGCAGCAGCAACAACAGACUUCGCAGCAGCAGCAGCAGCAGCAGCAGCAGCAACAGCAGCAACAGCAACAACAACAACAACAACAACAGCAGCAGCUGCAGCAACAACCAUCAGGGCAGACAGUGAAUUCUGAGAAGGCCAGUCAGCUUCCACAGCAGACGCUUGGGGGUGGGGCUUCCUCAGGCCCCCAAGCAGGUCAGGCUUCUUCAGUGCCUAACCAGAAUGCUCAUGUGCCACUGCAGCUGCCCCAGACCCCACUAUCGGCGAAGCCUUCUCUGACAGCAGAUUGUCAGGAAUCCUCCCCGGCCUCAGUCAACAGCAGCACUGGUACCAGCUCCCAGCUUGCAACGGCGGAUGGCUCUGCUCCCAGCCAGGAAGACGUUAAAAUGGAGGUGAAGAAGGAGGAGGAAGAGGAAGGGCCUGACUCACAUGGAGAGGGCAAAGGGAAGAUGGGAAAGUGUGAGCCUGAUGUGAAGACGGAGGAGAAACCUGAGAUUAAGAAAGAGAAGGUGAUGGCAGAUGGAUGUAAAGGCGAGCCCAUGGAUACAUCGUCAUCCUCGGUGUCAUCCUCGGCGGCAACGAGUGAAGACAAGAAGCCGGAGGUGAAGAAAGAGCCCAAAGACGAGGAGGAGGGGUCAGGGUCAACGGCCUCUAACAGCUCCCCAGCCAGCACUCAGAGCAAAAAGAAAAUCUUUAAGCCGGAGGAGCUGCGUCAGGCUCUGAUGCCCACUCUGGAAGCUUUGUACCGGCAGGACCCUGAGUCCCUUCCCUUUCGUCAGCCGGUGGACCCCCAGUUACUGGGAAUACCCGACUACUUCGACAUUGUGAAGAACCCCAUGGACCUGUCGACCAUCAAGCGGAAGCUGGACACGGGACAGUACCAGGAGCCGUGGCAAUACGUCGAUGAUAUCUGGCUGAUGUUCAACAACGCCUGGCUCUACAACCGCAAGACGUCCCGCGUGUAUAAGUACUGCUCCAAGCUGGCUGAGGUGUUUGAGGCAGAGAUCGACCCCGUCAUGCAGGGCAUGGGAUACUGUUGUGGGAGGAAGUUUGAGUUUUCCCCUCAAACUCUGUGCUGCUAUGGAAAACAAUUAUGCACCAUCCAGCGUGAUGCUGCCUACUUCAGCUACCAGAACAGGUACCACUUCUGUGAGAAGUGUUUCAACGAAAUCCAGGGCGAGACCGUUUCCCUGGGGGACGACCCUUCUCAGCCUCAGACGUCCAUCAACAAAGAACAGUUCCAACGAAAGAAGAACGACACACUUGAUCCCGAGUUGCUUGUGGAAUGUAUUGACUGCAGUCGUAAAAUGCACCAGAUCUGUGUCCUGCAUCAUGACACCAUAUGGCCUUCAGGGUUUGUAUGUGACAACUGCCUCAAAAUGGCAAAUAAGACGCGGAAAGAGAACAAAUACGCAUCCAAAAGGCUUCCCCAGACCAAGUUGGGGGGCUACUUGGAGUCACGAGUGAACGACUACCUCAAGCGGCAAAACAACCCAGAAUCUGGCGACAUCACCAUCCGAGUAGUCCACGUCUCAGACAGGGUGGUGGAGGUGAAGCCAGGCAUGAAGUCCAGGUUCGUGGACAGUGGAGAAAUGGCGGAGUCCUUCCCGUACAGGAUGAAAGCCUUGUUUGCAUUCGAGGACAUCGACGGCGCAGAUGUGUGUUUUUUCGGCAUGCACGUUCAAGAGUACGGCGCAGACUGCCCACCGCCAAAUCAGAGACGAGUGUACAUCUCUUACCUGGACAGUGUGCACUUCUUCAAACCUCGACACCUCAGGACAGCUGUCUACCAUGAGAUCCUGUUGGGCUACCUGGAGUAUGUCAAGAGGCAGGGGUUUACAACGGGUCAUAUCUGGGCCUGUCCACCCAGUGAAGGGGAUGAUUACAUCUUUCAUUGCCACCCGUCAGACCAGAAGAUCCCAAAGCCAAAGCGCCUGCAGGAGUGGUACAAAAAGAUGCUGGACAAGGCUGUGUCUGAGCGCAUUGUCCAUGAUUACAAGGACAUUUUCAAGCAAGCAACAGAGGACCGGCUGACCAGUGCCAAGGAGCUGCCAUAUUUUGAGGGUGACUUCUGGCCCAAUGUCCUGGAGGAGAGUAUCAAGGAGCUUGAGCAGGAGGAAGAGGAGAGAAAGAGGGAGGAGAACAGCACCUCCAAUGAGAGCACCGAUGUCACAAAAGGAGACAGCAAGAAUGCCAAAAAGAAGAACAAUAAAAAGACGAGCAAGAACAAGAGCAGCUUGAGCCGAGCCAACAAGAAGAAACCAGGGAUGCCCAAUGUUUCCAAUGACCUUUCUCAGAAACUCUACGCUACUAUGGAGAAACAUAAGGAGGUUUUCUUUGUCAUCCGCCUCAUUGCCUGCCCCACUGCCAACUCCCUGCCCCCAAUCGUUGACCUGGACCCCAUGAUGGCCUGUGACCUGAUGGACGGCCGUGAUGCCUUCCUGACUCUGGCCAGGGACAAGCACCUGGAGUUCAGCUCCCUCAGGAGGUCCAAGUGGAGCUCCAUGUGCAUGUUGGUGGAGCUGCACAACCAGAGCCAGGACCGCUUUGUUUACACCUGCAAUGAGUGUAAACACCACGUGGAGACACGCUUCCACUGCACAGUCUGCGAGGACUAUGACUUGUGCAUCACCUGCUACAACAUUAAAGGUCAUGAGCACAAGAUGGAUAAGCUGGGGCUUGGGCUGGAUGACGACAGCAACAACCAGUCAGCAGCAGCUACCCAGAGCCCCGGAGACUCCCGCCGCCUAAGCAUCCAGCGAUGCAUCCAGUCGCUGGUGCAUGCAUGCCAGUGCCGCAACGCCAACUGCUCUCUGCCGUCCUGCCAGAAGAUGAAGCGUGUUGUUCAGCACACGAAAGGCUGCAAGCGCAAGACGAAUGGUGGCUGCCCCAUCUGCAAGCAGCUCAUUGCGCUAUGUUGCUACCAUGCUAAACACUGUCAGGAGAACAAAUGUCCCGUCCCGUUCUGUCUAAACAUCAAGCAAAAGCUGCGGCAGCAGCAGCUGCAGCACAGGCUCCAGCAGGCUCAAAUGUUAAGGAGAAGAAUGGCCAGCAUGCAGAGGGUGGGCCAGCCGGCUGGAGGGCCACCUGGAGGACCUGUGGGACUUCCAUCACCUGGGAACAAUGGUAACACAGCACCAAGUACCCCAACGUCUGUGGGAACCCAACCCCCAACUCCCCAGACCCCCACCCAGACCAUGCCCCCAGCCAUGCAACAGGGAAUGGGUCAAGGAACUGGAGUCCAACAGCAGCAGCAACAGCAGCCAGGUGGGAUGCCCUCGCAAGGUGGCAUGCCUCCUCAACACAACCUUCACCACCAGUUUCAGCAGAUGGCAGGUGGAGGUGGCGGGGCAGGGGGGAUAAUGAGUUCUCCCCAACAUCAGCAGCAGAUGCAUACUCAGGUCCAGCAGCAGCAGCUGCAGCAAGGUGGAGUAGGGACCAACCCUCAACAACUCCAACAGCACCACAACAAUUUGCCUCCAUAUGCCAGCAGACCCCCAGGCUCCUCCCCAAUCCACCAGUCCCAGGGCAAACCAGUCCUCGGCUCUGCGACACCUCCCCACCCACAAUCUGUUGGCAACGUCAUGGCUGGAAGUGUUGGAGGCCAGCAACCUCCUAGCCAGCCCCAGGGCCAGCCUUCCCUUCAACAGCAGCAACAGCAGCCUUCCUCUGGCCCUCCACCGGCAGCAGUGGAGAUUGCCAUGAAGAUCCAACAGGUAGCUGAUGCUCAGAGGAAGAUGGCUCUCCAAAGACAAGCUGCCCAGGCAGCUGCAGGCUUGAUGCCUCCUCACCCGCACCAUCAACAGGGCCAAGGUCAGCAAAUGGGCAUGGGACACCCAGGAGCAGUAGGGAUGGUUGGACCUCAGGGCAUGCCAACACAGACAGCAGCAGUGGCAGCUGCUCGGGCCCACAUGGAACAACAACAAGGCGCUCCACCAGGGAUGAUGGUUGGUGCUGGGGGGCCGAUGCAGCAACCCCCCCAGCAGGGUAAUAUGCCCCAGGGCCAGCUCCCCCCUCAGGUGCAGCUUCAGCAGCAGAGGAUGGGUGCACCACUUCAAAACCCACAACAGCAACAACAGCAGUGGGCAGGCCAGGGGAUGCCACCCCAGCAGAGACAAGCAAUGAUAAAUCAAAUGGGUCAUCCAGCCAUGAUGGCAGCUCAACAGCAACAGCAAAUUCAACAUCAACAACAACAACAACAACAACAACAACAACAGCAGCAGCAACAGCACCAGCAGCAGCAGCAGCACCAACAACAAGCUCAGGGCCAUGCUGCCUUGAUAAAUAUGGUACAACAGCAGCAAGGUUCUGGUGGUGGACUCCCAGGGGUAACUCUACCUGGAGCUGCUGGUGGGAACAUCCCCCAGGCAGCCCUCCAAGACCUGUUAAGGACUCUCCGCUCACCCAGCUCUCCCCUCCAGCAGCAGCAAGUCCUCAACAUCUUGCGGUCCAAUCCACAGCUCAUGGCUGCUUUUAUUAAGCAAAGAGCCUCAAAGUACAAGGGGGGCCCUGGUGGACCGGGUACUGUGCCGGGAGGUCCUGGUCCCACAGGAGGUCCUGUUGGUAAUGUCAUGACAGGAGGGGGCCCUCAGGUGAACAUGAAUUCUGCAGGUCCUGGUCAGCCAGGGAUGCAUAUCGGGGGUCAGGGAGGCACGAAUGUCAACAUGGCCACGAUGGCCCAGCUACAGCAAGUUCAGCAGCAACAACAACUUCAGCAGCAGCAACAACUUCAGCAGCAGCAGCAGCAGCAGCAGCAGCAGCAACAGCUUCAGCAGCAACAGCUUCAGCAGCAACAACUUCAGCAGCAGCGGCAGCAGCAACAGCUUCAGCAGCAGCAACAGCUUCAGCAGCAGCAACAGCUUCAGCAGCAGCAACAGCUUCAGCAACAACAGUUGCAGCAGCAGAGGCCAAUGCUCAGUGGUUUACAGCAGCAACAAGUGGCAGCUCUCCAGCAGCAGCAGCAACAACAACAACAGCAACAGCAGCAGCAACAACAACAACAACAACAACAACAGCAAGGGGGAGGAAGGGGUAUGCAGGGCCAGGGGCCACAGUUGGGUAAUGUCAACACUGCCCAGUUUAGAGAGAUGCUCAUGAGACGGAAUCUCCAGCAGCAGCAGCAGCAGCAGCAGCAGCAGCAGCAAAUGGGAGUAAAUCAUGGUCAGUUCCAGCAGCCACAACCACCACAAGGACAGGGCUACAUGGGACAGCCUGGGAUGCAGCCUCCAACAGUGGGACAGGGCCCUCCUGGAGGUCCACCCCUUGGCCCCCAGCAGCCUGGAGGUCCCCCAGGCCAGCAGGGGCAAGGUUACCCAGGAUCGGUGGCCCAGCAGCACAGGCUCCAACACCAGCACCACCUCCAGAUGCAGCAGCAGAAUGCCAUGGCUGGCCUGCCUGGGGGUGAUGCAGGGCCAGGUGUGGGGGGUCCUCAGCAGCCACCUCAGGGCCCUCAGUCCACACAAGGUGGCCCCCCACCUCCAUCUUCUCAGGCCCUGCUCCAACAGGCCCUCCACCAGAGGCUGCUUCAGCAGCAGCAACAGCAGCAGCAUCACCAUCUAGGUCCUGGCGGGUCACCGGCCCAGCACAGCAAUCCCAUGAGUCCUCAGCAGCCGCAGCAGAUGGCCCCGUCCCCACACCUGCAGGGCCAGGCGAUGCCCACGUCCCUGGCCAACCAGGUUCGGUCUCCACAGCCCUCUCCCAGACCCCAGUCCCAGCCACCGCACUCCAGCCCGUCCCCGCGCAUGCAGCCCCAGCCUUCCCCGCAUCACAUAUCCCCCCAGAUGCAGACGGGCUCCCCACACCCAGGCCACCUGAACCAGCACCAUCCAGGUAUGGGGGUCCCUCCACAGCAACAGUCAACAACACAGCAGCAGCAGCAGCAACAGAACUCUAUGGAUCAGUUUGGGUCGGACCAGAGCGCCAUGUUAUCUCAGCUGAGUGGCAUGGCUGGUCUCCACGGGCCGGGGGGCAGCGGUCAGGACCCGCUGGGCCAGAACAUGAAUCACAACCCUUUAGACAUCAUGUAGGAAUUCUACUAAUGUGUCAAGUUGAGCUGAAAGCGCUCCGUGAUCCUUCGCACAAACUGCACUCACCCAGGACAGUGUUAUUGUUAUUACUUAGCCUUUCUUUUUUUAUACUAUUACUAAAUGUUAUUUAAAAUGUUUUCAAUAAAGAUGCAUUGAACUGAACUUCCUAUGGGAGAUGAACAAUAAAAUCUUAAGCAGUCGUUAAAGAAAUUAGAAUAAAUGAAUUGUAAGUUAUUGCUGUUAAUAUAUUUUUUUGCCAAUCGUGGACAAAUGGGAUGGGUUUUUCUCGAGCAGCCUCCUCACCUCCACAUCUUGCAGAGUAGAAGAGAGGUGAUAUUUUCCGGGGGGGGGGGGGGGUAAAUGGGAGAACUCGCCUUUUUUUUAAGAAAUGUUUUUAAGGUUUUAAACACGGUCAAGAGGAAAUGAUUAAAUGCAAAGAACUUUUUUUAAUUUUAUCACUUUAGUUUCCCAUCAUUCAGUCGGUCUUUCUGUUUUGCAGAGUGAUGUGGAUUAUUAUUAUUAUUAUUAUUAAUGCAAAUCCAAACAUGAUGCAUAUCCUCCUUUUUCAAAUGUUUGGUUUGCUUUAUUUAUUGUUUUCUCUCGGGAGGGGGGUCGGGGGGGGCGAGGGUGUUAUGUACCCUGAGACUGCUUCAAUUCUUAUAGAAAUAUAUUUUUGUUAUUGACUGUUUGGGGGGGGGGGGUUAAAGUGCAUAUUUGAUUUUGCUGUAGACGUCUUUAGUUGGGUCUGUCCAGGGGGGGAUGAUGAAGUGUCAAGUGUUUUAUUGCAGCGGUCGAGGGUCCGCUGUGAGUAUGAGAUGUUGACACGUUUGCGAUGUCCCGAGUGGCCUCUGAGUCGGACGUCGGCCAUGCUGGACGGGACUGAUCCCUCGCGAAAACAUGCAAGCCCCUCCCUCGAAUGUGUGUGCACUCCUUCCUUUUUUAAGACACUUAAUACGGGGCAGUGGAGGCUUGGGGAGGGGGGGUGCAUACCUGUGUGCCUGUAACAUUUUGAGUACAUGAGCUGGGACGUGGAGGAGAAAAAUAACAGUGGGUGGGCUUGGGCUCCUUUUUAGUGUUUUUGUUUUUUAGGAUUCUGCUGUUUGGAGUAAACAGAGGAUUUUUUCGAUCCAAAUGAACUGUGUUGCACAGAACUGAGGAGAAAGGAGGAGGAGGCCCGAGCGCUCGGCCUCUGUCUCUUUCUGCCUCGUCCCCGUUGCUGCUUCCCUCGGACUUUUAAAUCCCCACCCCCUUUCCCCUUCUCCUCCUCUACAAGGGGAAGGGGGAUCUUCCUUCCUCCUCAACUCCAUCUUUAUCUUUCUGAACUUUGGGAUUUUAAUUUAAUAUUUUUUACUGUACAAAGAAACAUGAACUGUGGACUCAAAUACUGUUUUUUAUAAUAAAAUGAAAAUUACCAAUA